GUGCGGGGUCCGAGUCCCCCAUUGCCUGCGGGAUGAGCUGCGGAGACGGGGCGGCUGCUGCAGGCUGGCUGCUGACGCUGCUCACUCUGGCGGCCGCCCGGGGCGCUGCAGUGCAGCUGCAGGGCAAUGGCUACGAUGGGCUACUUGUUGCGAUCAACCCGCGGGUGCCCGAAGACCAGAAACUCCUCGCAAACAUCAAGGAAAUGAUAACUGAAGCUUCUUUUUAUUUGUUCAAUGCUACACAAAGAAGAGUCUAUUUCCAGAAUAUAAAGAUUUUAAUACCUGCUACAUGGAAAGCAAACGGUUAUGGGAAACCACAACAUGAGUCAUAUGAAAAGGCAGAGGUCAUAGUUGCUGCUCCUUAUUGGAAACAUGGAGAUGAGCCAUAUACCCUACAAUAUGGAGAAUGUGGAAACAUGGGAAAAUAUAUUCAUUUCACACCUAACUUCCUAGUAAAUGAUUAUUUGAUUGAUGUCUAUGGAUCACGAGGCAGAGUUUUUGUCCAUGAAUGGGCCCACCUUCGAUGGGGGGUAUUUGACGAGUAUAAUAAUGAAAAGCCUUUCUAUAUAACGGGACAAAAUCAAGUUAAAGUUACAAGGUGUACAUCUGACCUUGCAGGGAUCUAUGUCUGUGAAAAAAAAUCCUGCACUGAAGGAAAUUGUGUCCUUAAUCAGCUGACGGGACUUUUUAAGGAAGGAUGUGCAUUUAUUCCUGAGAGAACUCAAACUGUAAAGUCAUCAAUAAUGUACAUGCAAAGCUUAUCAUCUGUGGUUGAAUUUUGUAAUGAAAGUAACCAUAAUAGAGAAGCUCCCAAUCUGCAAAACAGAAUGUGCGACUAUAGAAGUACAUGGGAUGUAAUAAUAAGCUCUAUGGACUUUAAUAACACCCUUCCAAGGACCGACACCAGCCUCCCACCUCCUCCUACCUUCUCAUUGCUACAGAAGAGAGACAGAGUGAUCUGUUUAGUUCUUGAUGUUUCCCACAGCAUGAAUUGGGAUGAUCGGAUCAAUCGAUUGCGUCAGGCAGCAGAAUUGUAUCUACUGCAAGUUGUUGAAGAUAAUUCUUAUGUUGGUAUUGUCACCUUCAGUAACAAAGGAGAAAUCAGAAGUCAUUUGCGUCAAAUAGUCAACAAGGACAUAAGGAAACAGCUUGCUUCUUACUUACCUACUGCUGCACCUAGUGGAGGAACAAACAUUUGUGUGGGUCUGCAGCUGGGAUUUGAGGUGAUUAAAAAACAAGAUGGAAGUAUAUAUGGUUCUGAAAUUAUAUUACUGACAGCUGGAGAAGACAGUGGGAUAAUUGAAUGCUUUUCUAACGUAAUUAAUAGUGGAUCAAUCAUUCACACCAUUGCUCUUGGCCCAUCUGCUGCUAAAGAAGUUGAACAAUUAGCCCAUGAGACAGGGGGCUUAGCGUUUUUUGCCUCAGAUAGACUGGACUCCAAUGACCUAAUUGAUGGUUUCUGCGCAAUUUCAUCAGGGAGUGGAGAUACUUUCAGUCAUUCCAUUCAGAUUGAAAGUGCUGGUGAAAGGACUGAGAGCUAUAAGCAGUUUAGUAGGACAGUGUCUAUUGAUAGCACAGUAGGAAAGGAUACCUUCUUUGUAGUAACAUGGCAGACUGCUGAACCUCCGAGGAUCACUCUCCUUGAUCCCAAUGGAAAAAACUACACCAAUAAGGACUUUGAGGUUAAUACAGUGUUGCAGGUAGCUCGUCUCCAGAUUCCAGGAAUUGCAGAGGUUGGGGAGUGGACCUACGCUCUCAUGAAUACUCACCUAUCCCCUCAAGCUCUAACUAUGACAGUGACUUCUCGAGCAGCAAACUCUACUAUACCUGCAAUAACUGUGAAAGCCCACAUCAGUAAUGAUAGAAACGAAUACCCUAGAUCGAUGGUUGUUUAUGCACAAGUCAGUCGAGGGCUUUCACCUAUUCUUGGAGCAAAUGUAACUGCUAUUAUCAAACCAGAGACUGGAGAUCCACUUAUCUUGGAACUUUUAGACAAUGGUGCAGGGUCAGACAUUGUCAAGAAUGACGGUGUCUAUUCCAGGUACAUCUAUUCUUUCUCUGAAAAUGGCAGAUACAACUUAAAAGUACGUGUUCAACGAGCUAACAAGACUGUCAGACCACACCCCACAGUGCCAUGGAGUCAUUCUAUGUAUAUACCCGGUUACAUAGAAAAUGGUAAGAUCCAGAUGAACCCACCAAGACCCUCCGUCAUCAGUAAUGAAGAUAUUGAAACCAGAGUAGGUGGCUUCAGCAGAACAGCCUCAGGAGGCUCCUUCAUAAUGUCUGCAGUUCCUACUAGACCCUAUACUGAUGUGUUUCCACCAUGUAAAAUUAUUGAUCUUCAUGCCAGAACAGCCAAUGAUAUGAUUAUUUUAUCAUGGACAGCAUCAGGGGAUGAUCUUGACCAGGGGCAAGCUGCAAGUUACGAAAUAAGAACAAGUGAAAGUCCUCUGGAACUAAGAGACAACUUUGAUAAAACUAUGUUGGUGAAUACUUCUGAUUUGACACCUCAGCAUGCUGGGUACAAGGAAAUAUUUGUAUUUAAACCAGAAGCUUUUGCAACAGAAAAUAUCACCAUCGUCUAUGUGGCUGUACGUGCCAUUGAUAAAGCCUCUCUGCACUCUGAUAUAUCUAAUAUAGCACAAGCCGUGAAGUUUGUUCCCCCAAUGGAUUAUCUCACUGGUAAUAUUGAGUACAGUAUUUCAAGGAAAGUGUUGCUAGGAUUCGGGUUAAUAACAGCAGUUUGCCUUAUUACAAGUGCAACCAUAUGUGCUUUAAAAAAAAGGAAGAAAGUGGUUAUCGCAGAAACUGCAACAAAUCUACUGUAACCUAAGGUGAAAGUUUGGAUGACGUCUACUUAUUUUUCUAGUAGCUGUUUCGAUUGUUUUUUUUUUUCAAAAACUACAUAAAAAUAAUUGCACUAGUACAGAAAAGGGUAUAUAAUUGUAAAGCCAUAAUGCAGAACUAUAUGAAACUGCUGUGAUUUAGUAGUAGUGUCAUACUGCACGUAAACUGCAUGCCUGAAUGGCCAGGUUAGAUUAAAACUACAUUGUAUGUACUGCAUACAUACACCCUAAACUUAUGCCACUUAAAGCUUUAUGCCACUUGGUUACAUAUUUAUUUAUU